GUGCAUCGGUUAUAGUGUAACAGGCUUUGUAAAAUCGAUUACUAUUCUAAUAUUCAAAAUAUCGAAGCCUGGUAGCUUUGUGACACAAAAAAUAACCUACUUUUAUCGAGCCCUCCAGUGAAGUACUUUUGUGAGAUCUUCCGAAGUUCUGUGAUCCUAGUGAAUCUUCUACAACAUCCAGCUAGCAAGAUGAAACAGAAGUGCCUGACAGAAAGCAACGUGAACCAGAAAUUACUGAACAUCCAGUACGCGGUGCGCGGACCCAUUGUUGCUAGAGCGGCUCAGAUAGAACGGGAGAUACAGAAGGGAGCCGAGAAGCCGUUCUCUCGUGUGAUCCGCGCCAACAUCGGCGACUGUCACGCGCUGGGGCAGAAACCCUUCACGUUCGUCAGACAGGUGCUGGCUGUAGCGGCGUGUCCGGCGCUGAUGUCGUGUCCGGAUAUACCUGAUGACGUCAAAGAACGAGUUAAAGAGAUACUUGACGAUUGCACACAAGGUUCAGUGGGCGCGUACUCCCCGCCGGCCGGUCUCACCAUAGUACGACGCCACGUGGCGCAAUACCUCACCGCACGGGACGGGGUGCCGGCCUCGCCGGAGGACAUCUACCUCGGCGCCGGCGCAUCAGAUCUCAUCAAGGCCGUGCUUACGCUGUUUGUGCAGGACGUGGGAGGGAGAGCACCAGGCGUAAUGAUUCCGAUCCCCCAAUACCCUCUAUUCUCCGGGACUCUGUCGGAGCUGGGCUUGACGCAGGUGCCGUACUACCUGGACGAAGAGAGCGGCUGGGCGCUGCCGCCAAGUGAACUGCAGCGAGCAUGGUCCCACGCCGACUGCAGCGUCAGAGCACUGGUCGUCAUCAACCCAGGGAAUCCUACUGGACAGGUGCUGUCCCGGGAUAACAUAGAGGAAAUCGUGCGGUUCGCGUACGAGCGCAACCUGUUCAUCCUGGCCGACGAGGUGUACCAGGAGAAUAUCGUGAGCAAGGAGUUCCACUCCUUCAAGAAGGCGAUGCACGAGAUGGGCGCGCCGUACUCUGCCAUGGAGCUGGCUAGCUUUGUAACGUCAUCGAAGGGCUGGGCUGCGGAGUGCGGCGCGCGCGCGGCCUUCGUGGAGCUGUGUCGCGUCGCGCCGCGCGUGCUCGUAGCGUUCAACGCCGCGCGAGCCGUCGCGCAGUGCCCUAGUGUGCUUGGACAGUGCGUUAUUGACUGCGUGGUGAAGCCGCCCGCGCCUGGCUCGCCGUCGUACACGACGUGGUCACGCGAGCGUCGCGACGUGCGGCGAGUGCUGCAGCAGCGCGCCGCGGCAGCCACCCGCGCCUUUAAUUCGCUGCCCGGAUACUUCUGUAAUGUUAUUGAGGGUUCGAUGUUCGCGUUUCCCCGCGUCGAUCUGCCAGCGGGUGCGGUGCGCGCGGCGGCGGAGCGUGGCCUCGCCCCGGACGAGUUCUACUGCCUGCAGCUGCUGGAGGAAACAGGCGUGUGCGUGGUCCCGGGUUCGGGGUUCGGUCAGCGGGCGGGCUCGUUUCACUUCCGCACCACCAUCCUGCACCCGGCAAGCGAGUUCGCGCACAUGCUCGCCGCCAUCACCAAUUUCCACCACCAGUUCCUGAAGACAUACAGCCUUAGCUGCCUCACUGAUGAUGAUGAUUGAAUGAUAUUAUAUUACCAAAAUGUCUUAUAGUAGUAUUAC